AUUUCCCAACACUUUUCCCCUUACUCAAAACAAUCUGCAAGCAAACAGAAAAAAAGAAGCAUCAGUAUGUCUGCCGAAGAGCUCGUUGCCAGUCCCAAAUUGAGCAAGGAAGAGAAGAAGGCUCGUAAGGAGGCAAAGAAACUCAAGAAGGCUGAGAAGGCAGCCAAGGAGGCUGCUGCCCAGGAAGGUGUCGCCACUGAGGAAGUGAAGGAGGAAGUCAGAAAGAAGGACAAGAAGGACAAAAAGGAGAAGAAGGACAAGAAGAGGAAGGAGGUUGAUCAGGAAGAAGCCGAGAGCCCUUCUACCUCUACUGCUGCUACAGAAGAGCCACCCAAGAAGAAGAAAAAGUCCAAGGAUGCAGACUCGUCCGAGACACCUGUCUCUACCGCAACUCCCACCGAGUCUGAAACUCCCGCUCUCUCCAAGAAACAGCAAAAGAAACUUGCCAAAGCGUCUGCCGCCGCUGCUGCUACCUCCUCCGCCGCCGCCAUCCCCGCCCCUACCGUCCCCACCACCUUCACCGCGGAACACAACACCUUCCUCACCUCGAACAACAUCACCCUCACCCCUUCCCUCUUUCCUCCUCUUCUUUCCAUCCGCGACUUGCCAAUCAACUCCAAACUUCAACCUUUCCUUAACAAAUUCGAGAAACCGACUCCUAUCCAAGCAUGUUCAUGGCCUGCAUUGUUGAGCAAGAAGGAUGUGGUCGGUAUCGCCGAGACUGGGUCGGGUAAGACCUUGGCGUUUGGUGUUCCCGGAAUCAACCUCCUCUCCCAGUUGCCACCUGUGACAGGCUCUAAGAAGGGAAGGGGUCAAGUACCAGGACAGAUCCAGAUGCUCGUUCUCGCCCCCACGAGAGAGUUGGCGCAACAGUCGCACGAGCACCUUUCGGCGUUUGGAGAGCAAGUGGGGUUGAAGAGUGUUUGUAUCUUUGGUGGUGUGGGGAAAGAUGGGCAGGCGAGGGAGUUGAGUCAGAAGGAUACGAGGGUGGUUGUUGGUACUCCGGGAAGGACUUUGGAUCUUGCUGAUUCAGGAGAGCUGGAUCUUUCCAGUGUUUCAUAUCUUGUGUUGGACGAAGCCGACAGGAUGCUUGAUGCUGGUUUCGAGAAUGAUAUUCGCCGGAUUAUCGCACACACACCUGGCCACAAGGAAGGUAGACAAACUGUCAUGUUCUCCGCUACCUGGCCCGAGAGCGUGAGGCGACUUGCUAGCACCUUUUUGAAUAACCCUUUGCGUAUCACUGUUGGCAGUGAUGAGCUUUCCGCGAACAAGAGGAUUGAGCAGAUUGUCGAGGUGCUUGACAAUCCCCGUGACAAGGAUUUCCGACUUACCCACCACCUCAAAGCCCACCUUAAGGUUCACCCCAAUUCCAAAACCUCUCCCACCCGUAUUCUCGUCUUUGCACUGUACAAAAAAGAAGCUCAACGUCUUGAAUACACCAUCCGCCGAGCCGGCUACGCCGUCGGCGCUCUCCACGGCGAUAUGACUCAAGAAGCCCGAUUCAAAGCCCUCGAAGCGUUCAAGACUGGUCAGCAAAAUGUCUUGGUCGCUACAGACGUCGCCGCGCGAGGUUUGGAUAUCCCUGAUGUCGGGUUGGUCAUCAAUGUCACUUUUCCCUUGACGACGGAAGACUUUGUGCAUAGGUGUGGUCGUACAGGUCGAGCGGGCAAGACGGGUAAGGCGGUGACGUUCUUCACGGGUGAAAACCAUGAGAAAUCUCUGGCGGGUGAGUUUAUGAGGGUAUUGAGAGAUGUUGGUGCGGAGAUUCCCAAGGAGAUGGACAGGUUCCCUACUACCAUCAAGAAGAAGGAACAUGGAUCAUACGGUGCUUUCUACAAGGAGACUACGAACGCUCCUGCGCCUACCAAGAUCACUUUUGACUAAGAAAAUUGCAUUUUCUGUUUUCCCGGCUUGUCGUUUUCUGGCAUUUCUGAAUUAUCUUGUAGACAUUAAUCGUACGAGAUAGACUAGACUUUCUUUUGGUGUAUGAAUCAUCCUUCUUCGUUC